AUGGCGAUAGAUUCUGAAAAUGAUUUCUCAAAUAUUUUGCUUGAUGAUAAUUCUUUAAAUAAUUCUCCAUUGGAUCGUAAUCCUUCAUAUGAAAUGAAUAACAGUCAUAAUGAGUCAACAAGUACACGUCCAAAACCUACGUUAAAGUGUAUUGUUUGUGGUGAUCAUGCAUUUGGAUACAAUUUUGAUGCUAUUUCUUGUGAAUCAUGUAAAGCAUUUUUUCGUCGAAAUGCAUUACGACCACCGAAGAAAUUAUGA